UCUGUUAGGUUGCGCACAUGCUGCAGUUUCAGUUUGUUUUAUUCACCAUUUUGAGUAGCUCAAGGUAAAAUUUUAACUAAAAUCGCGUUUGGAAAAUAAAUUCGUUCCCGUAUAUUUCGUUUUACGCAGGAGCUCGGGCGUUGGAACGUUUCGUUGCGCCCAUUGGAGUUGCAGAGCGGGACGAUUUCAUUUUUAUUUUCCUGGAUUUAAUUUCCCUUUCUUACAUUCUUAACCUCUACAGUAUUUCUGCAAAAUGUCAAGACCAGUGAGGAACAAGAAGGUGGUGAAUUACUCACAAUUCCAGGAAUCUGAUGACGCAGAUGAGGAGUAUGGGAAGAACUCAGACAAGCCUAAGAAGCCUCGUGCGGCUCCUCGCGAGGUGAAGCGCAAGCGGUCAAAGAACUCUCAGGAGGACAGUGAGGAUUCUGAUGAAAAACUCUCCAAAUCCAAAAAUGAUUCAGCAGAUGACUUUGGCAGUGAUGAAGACAAUGACUUUGGAGAGGAAGAUGAGGAGGAUGGAGGGAGCGACUACGAAGCUAAACGAGGCAAAAAGGGCAAGACAGCCAAGGUGGCAAAGCCCACUAAGAGGACACCCAAGAGAAAACGACCCACGGAUGACAGUGAUGAGGAGGUGAGCCGUAAGGUGCGUACAGUGCGCCAGGCCGCCACCAAGGCCGUGUCUAAACAGAGAGAGAUCUUGCUGGGAGACGGAGGCAGUGAGGACGAGGAACGUGAAGACAAGGAGGAGGCCUUCGCAGACCCUGAUGAGUCGGGCAGUGAUGAAGACUUCAUGGUUGAGGAUGAUGAUGAUAGUGACUAUGGCCGCUCCAAGAGCAAGAGGAGCAGCAAGAAGGUGAUCAAACGGAGCCGGCCAGAAAGGAAGGAAAAGAAAUCCCCCAAACCACGACUAAAGGCCACUGUGACCCCCAGCCCAAUGAAAGGAAAGGGUAAAGGUCGCCCCAGUGCUGCCAAGGCCCUGGAGAAGAGCUCGCCCAAAGAGGAGGAGGAAGAGGAGGAGCCAGAGAGCCCCCUGGAGGAAGAAGAGGAGGAGGAGGUGGUGGUGAAGAAGGACUCCUCCCCCACUCCCAAGAAAACAAAGGAGGCACCCGGGAAGGAGAAGAAGGAAAAGGAAGAUGAGGAGGAGGAGGAGGAGGAAGAGGAGGACGGAUCGGAAGAGGACGUGCCCUCUGGGGAAGACUAGACCCACAGAAGUCCCACCUCUCUUUCUCUUCCCCAUUCCCUCUCUUUACCUUCAAGUUUUUUGUUUCUCUUGGUUUAGAGUUUAUUUUGGUUUCAUUGGUGGCCUGGCUCAAUAGUUUGAACCUCAUGUGGAUUUGUUGUUUAGUGUUUGUUGUUUAGUGUCUGGCUUCCCGUAAUGACUGACUGACUGAGCACAUCGUAUCUGUGUGCAUAAGAACAUGCAUACCAUAUGGCUGUGAGGGAUGGAAGGAAAGAACAAGUGAGAUUUUACUCCAUCUCUCUGAACAUGUCCCAUUCCUCCAUCCCUGUCCCCUCUGCUCGGCUACACCUCUACUGGCACACCUCUCUUCUCUUUUUCAUCUCCCUCUCCACAGUGGCUGCAUUAGUCUUUCCUACACAAGUCUGUGUGAAGCUCAGAAAACAGUUAUUUGGGCUUUGUUAGUUUGCCUUUCUGAGAGCUCCGUGCUAGUGGACAUCUGUCCUCAACAGUCGCUUGAAGUGUAGAGUCAUUCCUUUUCUUUCUGCAGGCUGAUGGGUGUGCAAGUGAGCCUUCUAUUAAAAUAUAUAUAUAUUCUAGCAAUUUUCUUUAUCUGCUGAGUUCUCCAUUCCCCUCUCCGGUCUGACAUGGCUGGAUAGGUGAAAGCUAUGUAGUAUAACCCUUGCUUGACCUAUCCAGUAGUGAAAGAUCAGUGAUUACUGAGCCCUGGGCCUUUCUGGGUUAGGGUUUCCAUCUCUAUCCUGGUUUCUCAGUGGACUGCUGUUGUCCAAUCAAAGCACUUUUUUAUUUUUAUUCACUGUGCCACAAUACCCAUUGGUUUAGUUACAGCCCAACGCUGACUAAUCAGAGAAGGCCACACUGGAGACUCGGAGGGAGGAUAUGUAAGCGUGUUAGAUUGUUCUCCCUUAGGUCCUGUGCCCACUCACCCCAUAGCGCUGUGCCGACACUGACAAAGUGCUUUUUAAACUCUCAAACACUAUGUUUUAUGGUUGUUUUUUAAAUGUUAACUUGGUUGAAUUAAUGCUGUUGUAUUUCCACCUACUCCAAAGUUAAGCUCUGGCCCUGUGUCUUCACUAUAACACACAAAGCUUGUUAUUGAAUAUAGAACUGUCCAGUCUUGCUUUGAUUUUAUUAAAGCAAAUAGGCAGAAUAAUUGGCACGGGACAAAUAACAAUCAGCGCACACCCAACACAUUUUUACAUGAUAUUCAGUAUAACAGUACAUUCAUAGUACAAGGAACAGAGUUGAAGAUCACUUUGGAGUAGCAGGGUGUUAUUGUGCUUUAGACAGAGAUUGCUCUGAGCUGUAAACAGUUAAUUAUGUCGUGAGAGGGGGUCAUGGAAGCAGGUCUUAGAUCAGCCCUAAGAGAGCCUGUUUGUUUGCUGUGUGCUGGUACUACCAGUGUGUGGUUGUGAUGGAGCACACGCUCAGGGGGGUUGGUGUUUCCUCACCCUAGACCCUCUACCAUUGGUUUGUGGUUCUGAGAUUUUGGCUGCAUCUGUGCUGGGCAUGACACAAGCAUAAACCAUACACCCAUGCCAACACACACACUACCCUGGCAUGGCCAGGGCAUCCUUUCAAUGUUCAACCCUUUGUGCCAGGCAUCCACAAGCAUUUUUAAUUGAAUCGAGAGUUGUUUUUUUGAGAGCCCCUAAAAUGAAUGUUUUUUUGUUUUGUUGGUUUGUUUCAAUUCUCUAUUCAGAUUUUUGUAAUGUUUGUUUUUUAAGAAAAUAAAUAAAAUGUAUCUUGAUUUUAAAAAGAAAAGUCGACCCUAUCCAUCUGUUUUUCUGCUGGGUUUAGGCAGACUGGGGGAGCAGACCCAGCAACUCCUUUCUGUUCCACUCUCCUUUUCUCUCAUUCUAUUGCUCAUCUCACGCGCUCUCCCUCUCCUGCACUCAGCUCAUACUUACUCCUUCCCUCUCUCACACACACACACACACACACACACACACACACACACACACACACACACACACACACACACACACACACACACACACACACACACACACACACACACACACACACACACCUCAGACAGAAGUUAGGAUGUUGAUGUAGUCAACAGUGAUGCCGGCAUAUGUUUUUCUCUAUACCUCUCCUCUACAACCAAUAAAAACUAGCUGCAUUUCCCCUAUUCUGCCCUUCACAGAUCUGAUAGGACUGGAUAAGUGACAGCAAUAGAGCCCCACCGGGUGCCAUAAUACCCAGCGGUCAAACGGAAAUGGUUCUAAUUGUUUCUCCACCAUACAUUUUUAGAAACACUUAAAAUAAGGGCUGUGUUUUGUUUAGGCUUACACUGGUGAUGUUUUGAUAACCGUGUAAAUAUCUCUCAGACAAGGUGACUUAUUAUAUUUGGCUCUAUUUACUGUGAUUUGAAAAUGCUAAUUAGCAUCAAAGUAGACAUUAGCAAGACUACAAAUCCCUGCAAGCUCCUGCAUGUCAUCUCAAGCUGACAUCUUUGCUAACCGGUAAAUUGUCAAUGUAAAACUUGCACAAGACAGUUCACAGAAUUGUCCAUUUAAAGAAAUGUAGCCAAUUUAUUAGUUAAACCAGAGAUUCUUACCGUUUGCCUCGAUUCAUGGGUCUUAUCCAGAUCAUCAUGGCGUUUGUAGUUCUUUAUGAUAUCCACAUUAGCAGCUAAUUAGCAUUUAAUUUUAGGUGGGUAAAUACAGGCCAAUAUAUUAAGUCACAUUGUCCUAGAAAGAUUCACACCGUUAUCAAAACAUCACACCAGGGUAAGUACACAAAACACAGUCCUUAUUUUAUUUGAAGUGUUUCUAAAGUCCACUAUGAGAAAUGAAUGGUGGAAAAAUUAUUGGAACCAUUUCCUUUUUUGACCGCUAGGUAUUAUGACUCAUACUGUGGUACUCUAUAUGAAGGAAUCUAGGUCAAACCACUGCUUAUGCCUUUCCGGUUGUUUCAGAUCUGCAAAUAGGAGUGUACACGGGCAGAAGUGAAAGAGAAGGCAUGAAAUGAGUGCAAGAGAACGUUUGUUACUCCUCCCUGGGUUGAAAACGUUUUUGAGCCAAAUUGUAAAGCAUUCUUGGUCUGUGGUUCAUUAUUGUUUUCGCUGAGAAUAAAAGCUACUACUAAUUAAAACAAGUUUGGGUGCUUAAAGAUUGA